UCGUCGUCGGCCUGGCUGAUGGGGCGUUUAUGAUCCAGAGGCAGACAAACGCCUCUUCUUCGCCAAUUUCCAUGCGUUUACAGAAACAACCACAAGUUUACAUUCAGUGUGAAGGAGGACUUUACUGUACGUAGAAAAUGUUUGCGCAACGGAGGGGGUGCUGGAUACUGACCGGGACUACCGUUGCCUUCGUAAUGGCUGUGUAUGUGCCCUGUGUGCAGUGGACUGUACCCGGGGGAGACUCAGGAGAGCUGAUCACCACUGCUUGUGAGCUGGGGGUUGCUCAUCCUCCAGGAUAUCCAGUCUUCACCCUCUUGGCCCGCUUGUCUAUGUAUCUGCUGCCGUCAUCUCCAGCACACAGUGUCAACCUUAUGUGCAGCCUUCUGGGAGCUGCAGCUUGUGGCUUCUUCACUUUAACCGUCUGCAGGUUGACAGGCCCUGGACCUGGAGCAGUCCUGGCUGGAGGGCUGUUUGCCGUGUCCAGGCUCAGCUGGCAGUGGUCGGUGGUGGCCGAAGUCUUCACCCUCAACAACCUUUUCGUUGGCCUUCUCUUCUUCUUGAUUGCCAGUUUCCACUGUGCUGAAACCUCCAUGCAGAGGAAGAAGAUCACACGUUGGGGAGCAUUUUGCUGCGGUCUGGGGUUGUGUAACCAACACACUCUGGUCCUGUAUGUUCUGGUCAUUAUCCCCUGGGUCCUUUACCGACUCUAUGUUCUGAAGGAGCUGUCUUUUGUUGGUGUUGUAUCUCUGGGAUUAUGUUUCAUCUGUGGCUUUUUGCCAUACAUCUACCUCCCCGUCUCAUCCUUCCUAAACACCGCCCGCUGGAGCUGGGGGGACCAGACCACCCUCUCUGGGUUUCUGACCCAUCUGCUGAGGGCAGAGUAUGGCACAUUCAGCCUUGCAAAGACAGAGACCUCUGUGAAUCUGAGCACAAUGCUGCAGGCCCAGCUGGACCACUGCUUGGCGGAUCUCUCUCCUCCCGUUUUGGUUCUGGCAGGAAUAGGCCUCCUCCUCUCUUCGUGGGACAGGACCUGCUGCUCAGUGUCCCGGCUGCUGACUGCAAUGCUGAUUUUCUACUCUCUGUUUUUUGCCUGGAGAGCUAACCUGGACAUCAGCAGACCUCUGCUGCUCGGAGUGGUGGAGCGCUUCUGGCUCCAGAGUGACGCUGUAGUCUGCGUGCUUGCCGGCCUUGGUUUGAGCCACACUCACACUAAGUUGGAGAGGUGGCGUGGACAUGGGGGGCUGUGGAAGACCGCCGGCUGGGUUUUCACUUUAGCGCUGCUGGGACGAAUGGGUCACACCAACCACAGGGAGUGUGACCAGAGCGGUAACAAUGUGGUGGAGCGAUUCGGCAGGGAACUUUUGGCCUCCUUCCCAAAAGACUCACUCAUCCUGACCAGAGGAGACCUGCCAGGAAACUCUCUGCGUUACCUGCACUACUGCCAGGACAUCCGGCCUGAUAUCCGCCUGAUUGACCAGGAGAUGAUGACAUAUUCUUGGUAUGUGUCCAAGCUGGGGGAGCAUCUUCCUGGGGUCCAUUUUCCGGGUCGCUGGUGGGACCCGGUUCAACGUGAAGAAAAGGACACCUUCAGUCUUGAGCAGUUUCUCUCCCACAACAUGAAGAGGGACAUAUUUGCCUGCAUUGGACUGACUGAUGGAGAUCCCAGCUGGGAGCAUAGCUUCUCUCGUUGGCCUCUGGGCGUGUGUGAAUACCUGGUCCCGGCUCACAGGCAGUUUCACCCAGAACAGUGGGCUGAGCGCACCUGCAGCAUCUAUAACUGGAGCGAGCCACACAACAGUUUUCAUCCUGCAUCUUGGGAGCGAGUUGCUAACGAGGAGAUGUGGCAAGCGAGGAUGAAGACAGCUUUCUUUCUGUUUGACCUGGCAGAGAGGACGCAGGGAGAGCAGAAAGCGCGUCUCUUUGAGCUUUCUUACGCUCUCUAUACAGAAAUUGUCGGGGCCCACUCAAACUACCCUCCAAACUGGGACAAGAACCUUGCUCUGGUGUGCGAGAGGCUGCUCCGCUCAGGUCACCGGGGCUACAGUCCGGACCACCUGCUGACCUGCAGCAUUCAUCACUUCAGUCUUUACCUGCAAAAGGAUCCCACUGAUCCCCAGGCGGACGCCAUACGCUCAGCCGUGUCCCACCUGCUCAAGGAGAGAGACAGACUACGCCACAUCCAGAAGAAAACUCCAUGAGUGAAUUCUUGAAAGCGGCAUGGAAUGAAACACCAAGAACUUGCUCCGAACCGACCAGUGCUCGAUUGUGCCAUUGAAAAGACUUCAAACUAUCCUUCCUUUAACAUUUUGAUACAUGCUGUCUUUUUACUUUAAAUUAAAUGAUUAUUUUUUGUCACAAAGG